AUGUCUGAUAGAUCCAGCAGCGGAUCCUCACACUCCCUACACUCUCGAGGUACCAUUGAAGCAGCAGCAGCAUCUGGAACAUCCUGUAAGGCACCUGCAGUGUGGUCAAAGGCAGAGGAGACUGCCCUUCUUGAGUUCCUCUUGAAGGCCCUUCCUUCCUCAGGCGACAGGGGCUUCAAGACGUCCACUUUCAAUCAGGCAGCUACCCACCUUAAGGAAAAAUUCAUGCAGCAGAGAGGUGCAGAAAAGACUGGUGUAGUUUGUAAGAAUAAAUGGACAGUGCAUAUCACAGUAUCAUUGAGACCUCAUGCAAAGCCCUUUAUAAUAAAGAACUUUGACCACUUUGAGAUCAUGGAGCAGUUAAUGCCAAACCAGUCAAAGGGCGCACAUGUUUUCUGGCCCACCACAACAGCUGUCUCAACUUCCAUUCCCCCAGCAACAGAGAGUGUAGCACCAAGUGCAGCGCCUCCACCAGCAGGGCCACCAUCAUCAAUCAAUCCAGAUUCCCUCAAGCCACCCGUUCCAUCUACCUAUCUCGCACCCUCUACUGAAGGUUCCACCACAGACUCAGCAUGGACGAGCAUCAGCCAUAGCAAACAUAAGUACAGCGCACUUGCUCCUGGCUCAGCCACAAGCUCCCAGAAGCGAAGUCAGCCACCAUCUGCCACAUUAUUGGCACAACAGGAGGGUACUGAGACAAUGAAGAGUCUUGUAGAAGUAGUGCACGAGAUGCAGAGGGAUUUCACACUAGCUCCUCCGCCACUCCCUAAUGCCACAGCCAGUGCAGCCUGGAACACAUGUUGGCAGCGCCAUCGCCCUGCUCAACAAGUGCACAACCCUCACCAGCAAAGAGCACCUCUCCAUUGCCAACUUCCUAGCUGA